GUGAGAGGUGGAGGUGUAGGAAUGUCUGGUUUUGGUUGCACAGGACCGGAGUUUAGUUGGCACUAGUACGCCUCAAGGCUCGCACACACGUCGACGGGUUGGUUUAACGGGUGUAGGCUAAGGCGAAAAUAAAGGGCUUUGCCGCGUGGAUUCGCGAGCGAUAUUCCGCGGCUGUUUGGCUGAUGUUAUUGUUGUUACUGUCGCCGUUGUCUUCGCGUCCAUCUGUGGUUUCCAUCGUAUUCGCCCCUUGGUUUCGUGCUGUGUUUUGAUUUUUUUUUGCUACGGCAAUUCGCGAGCGGCCAUAUGCAUUCCGGUGCAGUUGGAUCCCGGUGCUACUGGUGCACGUGAGCGUUUCGGAACGAGAUCUUUUUUGUUUUCCCGUUUGUUCCCGGUCGAUCCCGUCGAGUGGAAAUCGUGAGAAAAUAGUUUUUUAUUCGUCGCUGUGCUCCGUGGAUUACUUGCCGUCGUAGGGAAAAUAUCAAACCAUUCUGUCGUGACCGUAUCGGAUGUGUGAAGCUGAAAACAUGUUAUGAUCUAGUGUGUAGCAGUGAGAAGAUUUGAAAAAAAAGCAAACAAACAAAAAGUCGUCAGUUGAGAAUACCAAGCAUAGCAGGCUUGGAGAAGGGACGCACAAAACAGUCUCAAAAUUGAUACCUCAAAUCCCCUCCGUCUGAGUGGUGGUGUCGCUGGAGGAGGCCGGAUUGUUCCGAGUGUUGUUACUGUUGCCACUGGUGCUGGUGCCGCCGACAGUCGAGUGAGCACCGAUACGAGUGAAUUUCGACGCAGGCUGGCUACGGCCGCUAUGCUACUGGGAACACAAAAUCCGGCGGCAAUGGCAGCCGCAGCGGCCGCAGCAGCUGCCCUGGCCGCUUCCAAAGGUUCGGAUGGAUCCGGUUCCGGAACCGGUAGUGGUGCGACGGAUUUUUCGAUAGCAGCCAUAAUGGCGCGAGGAGCCGCUGCAGCGGCUGCAUCCGCCAGUGUCAGAGCAAACGGCAGUACCGGCGGUGGAAGUUCCAGCCGGGAGCCCUCGGAGAGAAGUCUGAGUCCAAUAUCGGUCGAUCGGUUCCCGGAGGGCGAUGACGAUGCCGACGUCGAUGUGGAGCAGUGUAGUGACUCGGAAACGCCUUCACGUGGCACCAAAAGGGGCAACCAUUCGCGGACUACGGGCACACCAACCAGUCCGUCCGAUGAGGACCGUUUGACGCCGGAACCUGCCUCGGUAAGGAUUGCACGGAAAAAGACAAAAUCGCGGAUCGUUGGAAGCUGCAACUCUGAAGAUCUACGGCCGGUGCAGUGUCAUCUGGAAACGAAAGAACUGUGGGACAAGUUUCACGAUCUCGGUACGGAGAUGAUCAUCACUAAGACGGGACGACGUAUGUUUCCAACGGUGCGGGUGUCCUUUUCCGGACCACUCCGGCAGGUUACCCCCGCCGACCGGUAUGUGGUCCUGUUGGAUAUCAUUCCGAUGGAUAACCGGCGCUACCGAUACGCGUACCAUCGGUCCUCCUGGCUAGUGGCUGGUAAGGCUGAUCCACCGCCACCGGCGCGACUGUACGCCCAUCCGGACACCCCGCUGGGAGCGGAAGCUCUACGGAAGCAGGUCAUCUCCUUCGAAAAGGUCAAGCUGACCAACAACGAGAUGGACAAGAGCGGUCAAGUAAGUAUUGUCCUCAACUCGAUGCAUCGCUACCAGCCCCGAGUUCAUCUGGUUCGUCUCGGGCCCGGUCAGCAGGUUCCUACAUCCCCGCGGGAACUGCAAGAGGUUGACCACAAAACGUACGUCUAUCCGGAGACGGUUUUCACGGCCGUAACCGCCUAUCAGAAUCAGCUCAUCACCAAGCUCAAGAUCGAUUCCAACCCGUUCGCCAAAGGAUUCCGGGACUCAUCCCGACUGACGGACUAUGACAGUUUCCCAAGCAUGGACCCAAUGGACGCCCUGCUUCUGGAGCAGCACCUGCGUGCCCCACUGCGUCUCUUCCACGAUCCAAUGCUGGCCCAAUUUUCCAUUGGACCCAGCCAGGACAUGGACGGUGCUCAGGCGGCCUUCAUCGAGAAAGCUCGCCAGCACCUGCAAAUAUGGGGUCGUUCACCGUACAGUGAUCUGCUGUUGCCGCAAAUAUACCAGCGUCCCCCGCAAAUGGGAACGGCAAUGAACCUGGGAGGACUCUGGCAAAGCCAGUGGUCUCCGCAGCUUCCCCCGGCAUUUCUACAGAAUGCUGCAGCUGCCGCUGUUGCUUCUGCUUCGACAGCCUCUACUCCACCGCCACCGGUUUCAACACCCACCUCCAGUUCCGGAUCUCCAUCGCCGUCGGAUAUGCGGGCUAAGCACUUUGCCCGCUUCAGUCCCUAUCAGCUACCGCCCCAGCACAUGAUGUCCCACAAUCAACCUCAGCCACCCCCUUCGCCCAGAAGCCCAUCCAACUAGGGAAGCCGACUGGCUAUUAAUGCGUAAUUAUUGAUUAAUCGGAAUCAUCGUUCAUCGUACUCCACCGAAAAAAAAACUGAAAUAGUUUAGUUUUGUUUUUGUACAAUUGUAAAUAGUAGUGUCGAACACCGUUAUUUAUUUGCUUAUUUCCAUAGUAUUUUUGUUGAUCAUCUAAUUGUUGAAAUAAAUCCGGAGUAACUUAAAAUGACUAUAUACAUAUAUGACAAAAGCUAAUGAAGGCAAAUCUACUGCGAGUAUUUUAGCGUAACACUAAGAAGUGAAUUUUAUCGACAUACAAGAUGUGAUGAAACUAAGCGAAUUUCAUGUGUAUAUAG